UGGACUCAGUAAUCUGACGACAUGGCGUAUGUCAAGGUCACUCAGCUACCGCACGUACUGUUUACCUGCAGCUGACACGAUGGGGGACAGGCUCCGUCCCGGGGUAUCAAGAUGGAAUAUAGCAGGGGUUGGGCUUUCGCCUCAGUCCGUAAGCUUCUACGAUGUUCUGAACAACGACUCAGAAUGAACACAGUCGAUUCCAAAUCCAAACGAUAAUGGAGGAAAACAUCACGAACGGCGCAAUUCACGCAACAAGGUUAUCCGUGUUCCACCUGGUCGGACAGCUGAGCGACGAGGAAGUAGGUGGUCAAUGAUUCAGCAAUACUUGUCCAGCUCCACUCCAUGUUCGUGUGAAAGUCAUGGUUCAUCAGUUCAUGACGAAGUCGUAUUGCGCGGCGAUACUGAUCGUGACGGUACCAACGUUCCUGCUGGCGUGGUACACAUAUUCAUCUGUUUGGGGAGGGUCGGGGGGAGCGAGAUACUGGGAAAAUCACCUGACGGAGGAACAGGAUUACCUGGACUACAUCCACGACUCACGACUUCGUCAACCCACUGAAUCAUUUGACGAUUAUAUCAACCCUGUUCAUUUCAACAAACAUAACUUUCAAGAAAGGCAGAAGAUAAACUACUCAGAUAAGAAAGCAGAGAGGAAUAAGAAGGGUAAAGUGUAUGUAUACAAUCCACACAGACUGGUUCCUAGGAGUAGUUGUGUUCCUUUCAAGACUAUGAAGAACGGAACUCGUCUCUGUGUUUACAGCAAACGAGAUCAGUUUAUUUCAUCUCAGAUCCGGGACACUGGAUCCUGGGAACCGGAUCUGCUCGCAGCCAUGGCAACGGCCUUGACCUCCGUCCCCAACAUGCACGUGAUUGAUAUAGGAUGUAAUGUUGGCAUGUAUACCGUGUAUGCUGCUUUGAUGGGUAGAAAGGUCGUUGCUGUAGAUCCAAUUAGUUCAAAUCUGUACUUACUCUAUUCUUCUCUAACUUACGCCGGAGUCCAUGACAACGUCCACCUUCUUCUCAACGCUGUCUCCGACCAUGUGGAGCCUGUCAAAGUCCUCAUCAACCGGUACAACGUGGGCGGGUCUAGGAUAGAACCAGUAUCCGAGUCAACACAUAAUACUAACGACACCAUCGUUGAUUCCAUUGUGUUGGAUGAUCUGGUGCGUGUUGUGGACUUCAAGAAGGUGUUUAUUAAAAUGGACAUUGAAGGUCACGAGGUGAACGUAUUCCGUCGAGCGUCUAAAUUUUUCCAAACAUUUGACGUCCGCUACAUCAUGAUGGAGUGGAUGUUUCAGCGCCACUCCCCUCACGGACGCGAGAUCUGUAACUUCCUCAUCAGGAACGGCUUUCUUCCCUUUAAACACAUCACUGCACUUCAGAUCCUCAACGUUGAAGAAUAUUCCGCUUGGCCUGACAAUAUGAUCUGGAUCAAGAGAUGACUGCUUUGAUGUUGGACCAAACUCGGAGGAUGAUUCGUAUAUAACGAGUAUGUUAUAAUCAGUUGGGAGCUAGCUACCAAGAAUGCUUUCAUUAUCUGUCGAGUAUCGAGAGAGAGUAUUGAGGAUGACAAGAGGAUGUACAUGUUAACUUUCAGAUGAUGAAUAAUAUAUUGGAUGACGUUUUGUUCAUUGUAUCGCGCAUUUCAAAUAUAUUCCAGUAAUAAUAUAAAUAUGAAUAUCAAA